AUGCCGUCUGCCAAAACCGCCCGUCCGACAACUGACUCGUCCAGAUCUGAGUCUUCCAAGCGCUUACGGCUAUCGCCCGUUAGCUCUGUCAAGAAAGGCAAGUCAGCAAUGACAUCUACCAAUACAGGGCUACCUGCUGCAUUGGCUGCUACAGCCGCUGCUUGCAAAGUUCCCAAGUUUUUGAGGUCAUUGUAUGCCAUCUUGCAGACGGAAGACCCACACAUUAUUUCGUGGGUGGAGAACGAAACUCUUACACCCAACUGUGUCACGGCUUUUCAUAUCCUUGAAAUGGAGCGGUUUGAACGGGAGAUCCUGCCAAAGUACUUUAAACACCAAAAGUUUGCCAGCUUUCAGCGCCAGCUGAAUAACUUUGGCUUUCGCAAGUGGACCAAAACCCAAUCAAGUGGAGUCUGUACUUUUAGUCACAACUGCUUUCCACCAGAUCUAUCAGGCGCUAAUAAUUCCAGCAUGUCGAUCCGAGACCAAUGGAGACAAAAGAGUGCACAGGCGGUUGCACCCUCGACCUCGACAGCAAACGGUCAACCGGUGACGCGACACGUGGCCGGUACCGGAAUCGUGAAGACAAAAGCUGAACAGCCUACGAGUGCAUCACGUCAAUGCCCAAUUCAUGUUGAGGUUCCACACCACGAUAUGUCUCCGUUCGAUGAAGUGUACCAUAGCCCCAAUUCCAAUUCCAGUAUGGAAAGCAGUGUAUUCCGUUACGGUCGGAAUCAUCAGCCACCUCUUAAGAAAUUGGCUCGACCAAGUAUUGCCAUGAAGCAGGACACAUCCGACUCGCUCAACGGCUUAGAAGGUUUUUGUGAAGACUCGUUCAAGCAGUUCACGUUGCCGCCGCUUUUGCCGCAUCGUCUUUUGGUAUCCGCUGGAACGUCAAGUAACACGGCGCCGCUAGCGUCGGUGACUUCUUCUUUCUUGAAUCCGAACGAGUCCGAUUUUGCACAAGCUUCGAGUGGCUUUCGGUUUUCAAAGCCUCAGGUGCUGAACAAAAGUGGCACGUCAAGCACUUUUGCAGAUUCGAGUUUUAAUAAUAGUGGGCUCAAGCCAUUCGACUUGAAGCACACUGAUCUUCACGCCCACCCGUACUCGUCGGUUGCAAAUCAACAUAAUGGCCACAAUGGCGUCGCCGAUGCUGCUGCACUACAAGGAGCUUUCUUAGAGCCGUGGAUGUGGGAUGCACAGACAACAUCGUCGAACUUUGAGAUCGGUUCGUUUCCGCUUGAGUUCGACUGCAAGAACGAGUUUGAUUGGCAGAGUGCAAGCAAUUACGAAAGUAUGCAAGAGUCAGCUACGACUAGCACUGGUAUGUCGGAGAAAGAGUCAGGCUAUCAGCAGGAUCGCGAUGUCUCUUCUAAUACUGAAGAAGUUGGCUUGGACAUUUUGCUCUUUGUCGAGUGA